AUGUUCGCCGCGCUGAGCGCGCGCGCGCGCGCGCGUCAAAACGACGACGCGAUUCCGGCUUGGCAAUCGAAAGCCAAGUCGCGCAAGCGCGCGCGCGACGACGGCGAUAAGAGCGCGAACGACGACGACUCGAGAGCCAGCGAGACGGGAACGAUAUAUCUCACGGUCGAGUGGCUGUCGCGCACGCGGGGACGCUCGAAUGAGUUGUUCGCGGAGACGCCGCAGUGCGCGGACGUCGCGAUCGAGGUGAGCGAGAGCGUCACGGGACGAGCGCUCGUGGAGGCGUGCGUGCAGUUGCCACCGGGCGCGACGGACGCGAUGUCGCUGUUGCAGUGGGGGAAUUUGAAGCUGGACGAUGGGGUUUUACACGGGCAGGAAGACGGAGGGUGGUCGUUGGACGUGCGAGCGACGCCGCCGGUGAGGCUAAAGCUGACGGUGCCAAACGGGACGCUGUUGAAGCAUCCAGCGCUGGUGAAGGAGACGCGAGGGAAGCAAAGCGUGCCGAAGGAGCUUCUCUCCGAUGCGAACGCGCUCAAGGAGGACUUAAACGAUCCUUCGAGCGUGAGUAAGGAGACAGACAAGGCGGAGGUGGUGGAGCGGAGUCGACGAGCGUUGCAUCCGGGACGAACCGACGAUCACGGCAUCGCGGCGCUUUUGAACGAUCACAAAGUGUUUUAUGGGAAAAAGGCGAACAUGGGCUCGUUCGUGGACGUGGGCUCGGGAUGCGGAUCUCUAGCGGCCGGUCUAGCGCGCGCGUUCCCGGGUAUCAACGUGUGCGGCAUCGAGUGCCAAGACGAGUUGAUUAAUCAAUCGCGCUUGAGAUUUCGCGACGUCGAUUUCAUUCACGAUCAAGCAGAGAAUGUGUUGCACACGUGUCGCAGCGCCAAAGUGGUCCUGGCGACGACGCAGAAUUUCGACUACGAGACGACGAAUUACAUAUUGCGCGUCGCCGCCGAGCUCCCGCUCCUCACGCACUUGAUAAUCAACGAGCCGUACCUGUGUCGACCGGCGUGUCGCACCAACCUAAAGCUGUGCUGCUGCUUCGAACCAUUAGAAACGCGAGAGAUCAAAACGCACUGGGGGAAUUCGACCCUGAGCUUUACCAUUUACAAACGUCACGUGCGUUGGCCGUACGGCGCCAACGCGUUGCCUCGAGGCGCCGACACCGCCGUCGCUUUGAUGGAAGGGAACGUCAACGAAAUGUUCUUGAAAAAAACCGACAACUCGCAAGAGAACUCGGUGGACUAG